AUGGACCUGAACUCUGUAGAGUCCCGGAUGGUUCCAUGGAACAUCUAUCAACCAAGUCCACUUUCCAUAUCGUCUUCGACAACAUCACGAGAGAAGAACUCAGAAGGCCGGAAAGGCUUUGAAGGGCCUUCUCAAUUAGGUUGUUGCACAUUCUGGGGGUUUGGACACGAUCUCAAAACAGCAGAAACUAUCGAUUAUACCUCACAAGGUCCAAAGGGCAUCCAAAAUAUUACAUUCCUGGCUACCUUUCUUCACAGCGAUCUGACGCUUUGGCUUAGACCGAUAUUGAUUUCCACGAAACAAACGGUCGAUCCUUAA